AUGCUUCAGAAGUACCAUAGAUGUGUUCUGGCAAGUGAUAAUCAAAGGAUUGACAAAGAAGACCCACAUACUAGUAUAGAACUGUCGCAGCCAAAUAUAGUACCACUGGAGCCACCAAUUCAAAUAACGCCUCCGAAACGUCCGGAUAUACUCUGCGAAUUUCCCGAAAAAGAAACGACGAAGAUUUUGGCUAAAGUACACCCUGUACCGAAGCUACCUGUUUUGCAAGAGAAAACAGAAAGCUGUUAUUUUGACGUCGCCAGAAAAUAUACAAAAACAGAAAAUUAUUGA